AUGACAACCUUCACCUGGUGCCUGCUGCUACUGAUACAUCUUCCAGCUGCUUGGCCCUUCACAUCCCCAUUGGCCUGGCGAUUCUAUCUCACAGAAAACUGGACCACCUAUGAUCAGACAAAACAAUUUGGACACAUUUUGGCUACUGCCGACUAUCCACCUACAGGCUGUGCAAAGCCUAUUUUAUUAAAUUUUACAGACUUUAAACAUCACCCAAAUAAAGUUGCUCCCAUUCUGUACUUCCUUUUUGAUCAGAAGCAUGACAAAUGCAAAACUCAUUAUAUUGAGGAGAGCGUCAGAUGCCCUUGGCACUGGUGUACCAUUUGGAGUGCCUCUGUCCCCGCUGAGGGUCAAAUCCUGGGCACCGGAUGGUCUGGCCAUAAAUUCUGGCACACUGACAGUGGGUAUUCCCUCAUAAUCUGGGACGCCUGGGACUCGUGCUGGACCUCCAUGGUCCAAGGAGCCAUGUAUAUGAACAAAAUUCAAAACUGGCCCUUUUGCAAGAUCUAUAUUUGGCACAGCUAUGUCCAAGUUCAGUCCAAGGUAUAUUCUAACAUACUACAAGCUGAAAAGUAG